AUGUACAGCAUGCAUGAGCAUCGUACAUUGCCUGAUGCCUUAUUAUUUGUUCUGUCAGUUUUUUUCAGGAAGAUCUUCAUCUUACAACUGGUAGGGCUGGUGCUAACCUACAAUUUCACUGACUGUGACUUUGAGAAGAUUAGAAAGAAGUAUCAGGAAGUCAUUUAUCAAGCCCUGGAGAAAUAUAUGAAUGGGAUCAAAAGCACCGAAUUCAACAACCCCAUCUACUGUGAAGACCCGCCAGAUUGCCUCACUAAAAUCGAACGCAUUACCUUCUAUCCCACCCACGGCUGCACGUCUCUCGCCAAGGAAAUCUUUGCAGUAGGGACUAAUGCUGCGCUCACUCUCCAGUGCCCAGGCUACUCCGGAAUGCAGAUAAAUAAUACCCAGGCAAAGAAGAAAAGAAAGAAAAGAGAAGUUGCAACAAAUAAAUGCCGGAAACAAGUUGCAUACUUAAUAGAACUGUGGCGUCGUUUCAGUCGCAUUUCAUAG